UUCUAGCAGCAUCUUCUAGGAAGCACGAAGUAAUUUUUAGUAGUAGGAUAAUUUAAUUGUAGAUUGUAUUUUAAUACUAAUUUUGAUUAUACAUAGUCAAAUUCAUAUUUUGGUUAUCGCAAAAUACAUUGGAAAUGUCGUCUAAAGGAACAUUAGCGGUUCUGAGUGUGUCUGAUAAGACAGGAUUGCUUCCUCUGGCUACCAAACUGUCCCAACUAGGCUUGACUCUCGUUGCUUCUGGAGGGACAGCCAAGAAUCUCCGCAACGCUGGACUCCAAGUCAAGGAUGUAUCAGAGAUUACUAAUGCGCCGGAAAUGCUAGGAGGAAGAGUCAAAACUCUCCAUCCUGCUGUCCACGCAGGUAUCUUAUCAAGGCUGAAUGAGAGUGAUGUGGCCGAUAUGAAGCAACGUCAGUAUGAGAUGGUACGUGUAGUUGUGUGCAACCUCUACCCCUUCUCUGAGACUGUCGCAAGCCCAACGGUCACUAUGGAAGAUGCGGUAGAGAACAUAGAUAUUGGUGGGGUGACUUUGCUCCGAGCAGCAGCCAAGAACCAUGAGAGGGUGACAGUUGUGUGUGAUCCGUCAGACUAUGCCAAGGUUGUCCAGGAGAUGGAGUCAUCUGCAGACAAAGACACUUCUCUUCAAACAAGACAGCAGUUGGCUCUCAAGGCCUUUACACACACGUCUGAGUAUGAUCUAGCCAUAUCCGACUACUUAAGGAAGCAGUACAGCCCUGGUGUAUCACAGAUGACCCUUCGCUAUGGGAUGAACCCUCACCAAAAACCUGCUCAGCUAUUCACAACUCUGCCCAAACUGCCUCUAACAGUGGUGAACGGGUCUCCGGGCUUCAUCAACCUGUGUGAUGCCCUCAAUGGAUGGCAGCUAGUCAAGGAGCUGAGGAAGGCGCUAGGACAGCCGGCCGCCACCAGCUUCAAACAUGUCAGCCCGGCUGGUGCUGCCAUUGCUACUCCUCUCUCUCCUGAACAGGCUAUGGUGUGCAUGGUGGCUGAUCUACGGGAUCAGUUGACGCCCCUGGCCACAGCCUAUGCGAGGGCUCGGGGAGCCGACAGGAUGUCUUCUUUCGGUGACUUUGUUGCCCUCUCAGACCCUUGUGAUGCCAUCACUGCUCGAAUCAUUUCCAGAGAGGUUUCAGAUGGAAUCAUAGCCCCUGGAUAUUCUGAAGAAGCUCUAGCGCUGCUGAAGAAGAAGAAGAAUGGAGCUUACUGUGUUUUGCAGAUUGACCCUGAAUAUGAGCCAGAUCUGAUGGAGCGCAAAGUUUUGUUCGGACUCACACUAGAGCAGCGUAGAAACGAUGCUGUCAUAGAUAACAAGCUGUUUUCCAACAUUGUCACAAACAAGAAAGAUGUUCCUGAGGCUGCUUUAAGAGACCUGAUUGUCGCUACUAUUGCUCUCAAAUACACUCAGAGCAAUUCAGUGUGCUACGCUCGUGAUGGCCAAGUGAUCGGCAUCGGAGCAGGUCAGCAGUCUCGCAUUCACUGCACAAGACUUGCGGGUGACAAAGCAGACAACUGGUGGAUGAGACAGCACCCUCAAGUUUUAAAGAUGGAAUUCAAGAAAGGAAUUAAGAGGGCAGAAAUGUCCAAUGCAGUCGACAAUUAUGUGCUUGAUACAGUUGGUAAGGACAUGGAUGAAGCUACUUGGAAAGGGAUGUUUGAGAAAGUUCCUCCUCCUCUUACUAAGGAGCAAAGACAACAGUGGAUGAAAGAGUUGGACAACGUCGCUGUUGCUUCUGAUGCCUUCUUCCCCUUUAGAGACAAUGUUGAUCGUGCAAGGCUGAGUGGAGCUCGCUACAUCGCCGCACCCAGUGGCUCCAAUAACGACCCUGAUGUUAUCAAGGCCUGUGACCAAUACGGAAUAGUGCUUGCCCACACCAAUUUGCGGCUCUUCCAUCACUAGUCCAUAGAUUCCUCCAUACAUGACUCAAAAGAGGUACAUUCCAUGACAUAUUAAAAGUGUGUAAUAUCAGAAGCACAAAUAAAAAGCAUUCUUCUGGUAAAAUACCUGUGUAAAAUAAUUGUUUGUUAGUGUUUGAAAAAGAGACCAACACAAUCCCCUAAUAGAAAAUAAUUAAAUAAUGUUAUUUAAUCGCUCAUUUAUACUCUGCUAAACUAGUGAUUAUAUUGAAGAGUCUUUGGACCCAAAAUAUAUUUGAACCUUUGACAAUAGAGCUGGGCCCAAUUCCUGUAAAAUUAAGUCUAAAAACCUUUGAUACCGUACUGGGGGCAUCAAAAGACUUGUCAACUCUCUGUACUUCAUGAUUUAAAAGUCGAAGCUGAUUCCAGAAUCAUCCAUAACCUCGGUGACAUCAGGGUUGUCUUCCUCAAUUGUGGCGGCAUUGUGAAUUUUGGGUCAUGUUAAUGUCACAAGAUUCCCGUCUCAGAAAAUUCUAAAACCAUCAAUCAGAAAAGGAGAAUAAGAAUUCACAUACACUUCCGGGUCUUUAAUAUCCCUAGUUCCCCCUGGUAUUCCUAGGCCUAGUAGGUAUUGGUAGGUCGUGGGGGCCUAGUAUCCCUAGUUUGUUUGUUUUAAAGAAUUGGUAAUCAAGUAUUUACAAAUAAAUAAAGUUGUAUUUCAAUUGUAUAUAAUUGUUCAAAAAGUUGUCCAGUUGUGUAGGAGCGCACUGAGGAAGGGUCUUGGAAAAUGGCCACAUUAAAUUCUAUGUUUUUGAGUAGGCUACACAGUGCACAGGGCUUAGAAAACCUAGACUGCUAGGCAUGAAGCUGCUCAGAAACAGAAGCAUCAGUGGUCUCUUUUUACACUAAUUACAAUAAUUUAAGCAGGUAUUGACAUUUUAAGAAUACUUUUUAAUUUGCCUACAUUAAAUGAACGAUUGAAUGAAAUGCACUGCCCCCGUGGUUGGCUGGAACCAAGUACCAUAUAAUAUCCUUGGAAUACCUUGUUCCCUGGACAUCAUACAGCAGUAGAAUAUUUUCAGAUUUUGUACAAAGGUCUCAAUGCUCAAUGUUCUUGUUAAGAAUCUUAUAUUGUUAUCUUAUUGUUUUUAUAUGAAGAUUCUGUUUUGAGUAUGUUUCAUAAUUUACUAGUUAAACAUAUAUACUUUAUGUAAUAGUUUUCAUUUAUUUUCUCAAGUGUUCUAUGUUGAGAUUAUACUUUGUGUUAUCAAUAUAUAAAUUGUUGGUAAACUGUG